UGCCGCCGCCGCCGCCUCCAUGCUGCAGCGCGGGGCGCAGUUCCUCCCGGCCUGGCAGCCGCCGUUGCCCAAACACAUCGCCGCGGAGAGCGGGUCUCUCAGGCCUGCCCGGGCUGCGGCUGCAACCCUGGUCCACAGCUGCCGGUCUCGUGCCUGAGCUGCGGACUCACCUCCAGCGCCUUGGCCAACGGGCGGGGCGCCGUUGUCGCUCCUACAGCGGCGCGCAGGGAGGUGGUGAGCGAGUGCAGAGCUGCCCGAACCGAGGACUGUAUGUGUGUGCGUGCAGACGUGUGUGCGUGUGUUUGCGCGUUUUUCCCUCUUCCCCUGAGGAUGUGAAUGGCUUCGCAGCUGGCUGCUCCCUUAGGAUUCUUGACUUUGGGGAGCUCUGGGCUGUGAGCACAACCCACCCUUAUAAUCCAUUUUUUUUACGGUCGGUUAUAGCAGGGGGGAAAAAAAGCGCAACUGGACGGGGGUGGGGCAGACCAACGAAACCUUCUGGAAAAACACAUACAUGCGAGAGAGGAAGAAUUGAAAGACCUGAGAAGACUUUCAAAACCUCAUUGCUAGCCCUCCCGUUUUCCGGCAAGAUUUUGGACAUUUUUUUUAACCUUUUUAAAGUCAUCUUGGCAUCUCUCUAGUAUUUAGUAAGUCGCUUUCCAGUUAGCUGCGUGUGCGUGUGAGUGUGUGUGUGCGCGUGUGUAUGUGCGCGCGCCUAUCUGAUGCAUUUGACUGUCUUUUAUCCAACUGCCCAGAAGCAAACGUGUUAACUCGGUGAUGCCCCUCCAUGCCCGGGUUCUUGCAGAGCGCGGAGGACGUCCAGACCCAUUUUCCUGCCUGGAUUCCGAGCGGCUGCUGGGUUGUAGAGCCAGGUGUGUGGAUCACUUUACCCAGAGGCUUGGCAAGCGGCAGUAUUAACCAGCUUCCAGGUACAUCACAAGGUCAAGAGAGGGUCUUGCAGCUUUCUUGUUUCGGUGCAUCUAGACUUUCCUGUAUUAGCCAAAAGGAUAUGUACGUUUGGGUCCACAACAUUUGAAGCCAAAAGUUCAGCCUUCCAAGCUGGUUUACUAUACAAACAAGGUAAUGGGGAUUGCUUUUCAAACUGCUUAACAAAAUCCCGGACUCGUCCACAGCCCUUUUCCCGGCUCCCUCCUCCCCACCAAAAUGUCACCAGCUCCUGAAUUACAAGGAUUUGGUACGGAGAAGAACUUGAAGGAAACGUGAUCAAAGGGCUAUGAGAAAAGGAGAACGCUGUCUUUGCUGUCUGGUGGGUUUCGAAGCUGAUCUUGACAAGAACCAGUUCCCUCCUUGUUUCUCUCUCUCCGUGCGGUGUUGGGUGUGCGAGUGCAAGUGUGAGCGCGCGCGCGCCCGGAUGCGAGUGUGUGAGUGUGUGUGAGUGUGUUUCUGUGUGUGCGUGCACAGCUGCCCUGCCUCUGCCCGCUCCCCGGGCGCGGAGCCGCGGGUUUCAUGGGGCGAUCCGCGCGGAUCCCCCACCCAGCGCGACCCGCGGGCAGCGGCGGCAGUGGCUGGAGCCACCUCUCGGACUCCCUAGGAUGCGGGUGCUGAGCUAUGGCAAAGGGCAGCGAAGUGAGGAGCAAGACCCGCGUACGACUGUGAAAGCCACCUGGAGCCACCUUGCCGGGAUUGUACCUGCGGGCAGAAAGUCCUCUUACGACCGUCUUUCCCCCUAGAGGCACCAGAAUACCCGUAACCAUUCAGCCAGGUGUUGAGAAGAUCCAUAGUAGCCGACUACCCUUCCCUGUGACACCACCUAAGAAUCAGCCUUGGAGAUGCUUUCACCCUGUACGUCUUCUGCAGCAGCCAAGCAGAGUGCUGACUCCUUCACAGCAGUGAGGAACUCUUCAGGCUCCAGAAGUUCUUAAAUCUGAUCUACAAUGGAAAAAUUUCUUUUUUAUCUGUUUUUCAUUGGCAUAGCAGUGAGAGCUCAGAUCUGUCCAAAGCGUUGUGUCUGUCAGAUUUUGUCUCCUAAUCUUGCAACCCUUUGUGCCAAGAAAGGGCUUCUAUUUGUUCCACCAAACAUUGACAGAAGAACUGUGGAACUGCGUUUGGCAGACAAUUUUGUUACAAAUAUCAAAAGAAAAGAUUUUGCCAAUAUGACCAGCUUGGUGGACCUGACUCUAUCCAGGAAUACAAUAAGUUUUAUUACACCUCAUGCUUUUGCUGACCUACGGAAUUUGAGGGCUCUGCAUUUGAAUAGCAACAGAUUGACUAAAAUCACAAAUGAUAUGUUCAGUGGGCUUUCCAAUCUCCAUCAUUUAAUAUUGAAUAACAAUCAACUGACUUUAAUUUCUUCUACAGCAUUUGAUGAUGUGUUUGCCCUGGAGGAGCUGGAUCUAUCCUACAAUAAUCUAGAAACUAUUCCUUGGGAUGCUGUUGAGAAGAUGGUUAGUUUGCACACCCUUAGCUUGGAUCAUAAUAUGAUUGAUAACAUUCCUAAAGGGACUUUCUCCCACUUGCACAAGAUGACUCGGCUAGAUGUAACAUCAAAUAAAUUGCAGAAGCUACCACCUGACCCUCUCUUUCAGCGAGCUCAGGUCCUAGCAACCUCAGGAAUCAUAAGUCCAUCCACAUUUGCACUGAGUUUUGGUGGAAACCCCUUGCAUUGUAAUUGUGAAUUGCUGUGGCUAAGGCGUUUGUCCAGAGAAGAUGAUCUGGAGACCUGUGCUUCUCCUGCACUUUUAACUGGCCGCUACUUUUGGUCAAUUCCUGAGGAAGAGUUUUUGUGUGAGCCUCCCCUCAUUACUCGUCAUACACAUGAGAUGAGGGUCUUAGAGGGACAAAGGGCAACGCUAAGGUGUAAAGCCAGGGGAGACCCUGAACCUGCAAUUCAUUGGAUUUCUCCUGAAGGGAAGCUUAUUUCAAAUGCAACAAGAUCGCUGGUGUAUGAUAACGGAACACUUGACAUUCUCAUAACAACUGUAAAAGACACAGGUGCUUUUACCUGUAUUGCUUCUAAUCCUGCUGGGGAAGCCACACAAACAGUGGAUCUUCAUAUAAUUAAGCUCCCUCACCUAUUAAACAGUACAAAUCAUAUCCAUGAGCCCGAUCCUGGUUCCUCAGAUAUCUCAACUUCUACUAAGUCAGGUUCUAAUGCAAGCAGUAGUAAUGGGGACACUAAAAUGAGUCAGGAUAAAAUCGUGGUGGCAGAAGCAACUUCGUCUACAGCACUACUUAAAUUUAAUUUUCAAAGAAAUAUUCCUGGAAUACGUAUGUUUCAAAUUCAGUACAAUGGUACUUAUGAUGACACCCUUGUUUACAGAAUGAUACCUCCUACGAGCAAAACUUUUCUGGUCAAUAAUCUGGCUGCUGGAACUAUGUAUGACUUGUGUGUCUUGGCCAUAUAUGACGAUGGCAUCACUUCCCUCACUGCCACAAGAGUCGUGGGUUGCAUCCAGUUCACUACGGAACAAGAUUAUGUCCGUUGCCAUUUCAUGCAGUCCCAGUUUUUGGGAGGCACCAUGAUUAUAAUUAUUGGUGGAAUCAUUGUAGCGUCUGUGCUGGUUUUCAUCAUCAUUCUAAUGAUCCGGUAUAAAGUUUGUAACAAUAAUGGGCAACACAAGGUCACCAAGGUUAGCAAUGUUUAUUCUCAAACUAAUGGGGCUCAAAUACAAGGCUGUAGUGCAACACUGCCCCAGUCCAUGUCUAAGCAAGCUGUGGGACAUGAAGAGAAUGCCCAGUGUUGUAAAGUUGCCAAUGACAAUGUGAUUCAAUCUUCAGAAACUUGUACGAGUCAGGACUCUUCUACCACUACCUCUGCUUUGCCUCCUACCUGGACUUCAAGCACGUCUGUGUCCCAAAAGCAGAAAAGAAAGACUGGCACAAAGCCCAGUACCGAACCACAGAAUGAAGCUGUCACAAAUGUUGAGUCCCAAAACACUAACAGGAACAACUCAACUGCAUUGCAGUUAGCUAGCCGACCUCCUGAUUCUGUCACAGAGGGGCCCACAUCUAAAAGAGCACAUACCAAGCCAAAUGCUUUGCUGACUAAUGUUGACCAGAAUGUCCACGAAACACAGAGGCUGGAGUUAAUCUGAAGAGCACCACUUCUCUCUCUCCUGAAAAAAGUUGCCACUGAUAUUUUUACUGGAUAAAAUUAAAAAAAAAAUGUUUCAGUUCGCAAAAGCUAAUUGUUGAACUGUUGUCCUAGAAGAAAUUGUCCGCAGGAGCUGAGGCAGAAUUAUCUGAUGCCAGUGGAACAGGCUCCAUCAGACCAUGGUUCAUUUCCUUUUCAAACCAUUUUUUUUUCUUCUGACUUACAAGUAUUUUUUUUAAGAAGGAAAGGAAAAAAAAAAACCUACAUUGGCAUCAAGUUCUGUAUCAAUCCAUCUUACAUUGCCAUUCAUGAUUUAACAGACUGUAGAAUCUUGAAUAAUCAAUAUCACUUUAACAAAUAAAUGUUUUACUAUGACAGAA